CAGGAACUUCAACGUGGUGGUGGUUGUGGUUCGUGACCAUGCUGGCAGGAAUUCGACAUGCGGCGGCAGUUCCGCGGCACCUUGUGCAGGCAACCACCUUUGUGCGGCAUGUAGCUAUCGACACAAAGGUUCCCAUCCGAAAGGUGGUGGAGAACCAUGUGGGUCGCAGCAAGUUUAAUGUGGUAAAGGAGUUGGAGGUCGGGAUUUCGUUGCUUCCGUCUGAAGUCAAGAGCAUCCGGGAUGGCAACUGCGAUAUCUCGGCGGCGUUUGCAGAGGAAUAUGACAACGAGCUGUAUUUGCAUCAAAUGUACAUCCCAGUGUGGAGGCAUGGUAUCGUCGGACGACACGACCCCUACCGCGUGCGCAAGCUCCUGGCGCAUCGAAGCGAACUCAAGCGAUUGUUUGAGUUUGCUCGAGAGUCGAAUGCACAUCUGGUACACCAUUUUGGUUGGUUUCCUCGCUUAUGUUUGUCAUGUUGGAGUGUAUAGGUGCCACUGCGAGUGCAUCUUGGUACGACCAACUGGAUCAAAAUCCAGCUUGGCCAAUGCACAAGACGAAAAGGUCCGGACACACGCAAGACUGACGACGGCCGCGACGUCAAGCGCCAAAUUGACCGCGCGCUGAAAGGCCACGACUAUUAACUCGACCGUUUCAAUGGCAAUUGUUAGGUUUUAAUGAUUUUACGACUUGCUAAUAAAUCGAUCGAUUUACAGUU